CGCCUCUCUAAUUGCGCACCACGCACUAACGAGCAAAACACGCAUCACCGUUUCAUCCACCCGGUGUCCGCUGAAGCACGCUGCUGUCUUCAGUUCGUGUCCCACUAUUUACAGCGUCAAGUGUGAGGUAUAGGAGAAGGUGUGCGCAGAGUCCCAGAGGUCCGGCGAGGGGUGGCGCCCUAAACGCAUCUCAUCCAUCCAGCGCUUGGACACGCUGCGCCGCCUGCGACCCACAGCGACAAGAGGUCCGCUCCCGCAGUCCGCUGGCUGUGUUUCUAAAGCAGCAGCUCGUGAUUGUGACAUUUCAUCGGUGGGGACUGGGGAAACAUGUGCGCCUGGAUGGUGUGACACAGCGGCUUUUUUGGGGGGUUCGUUUCUCUCGGAUACGCCAAGUACCCGACGUUACGGCGCACCUUGUGUAGUAGACACACGUGGUCAUCGCCCGGCGGGAAAACUCUGGACCUUGGAUGUUCUCUGCGGAUGUGGCUCCUUUCGUUCUCUCGUCCCAGCUGGCUCUCAGCGCUCUCUGCUGCACCGCUCAAGGAAACGAGAGAACCAUGAGCACUGUGGAGGAGGAGCCGGAUCACAUGAUACCAUGAAGACAAGCCUGCAGGUCCUGCGCUGCCAGCUGCUGAGUGUUCUAGCAUUCCUAGCACUGCCAGUAGGACUGGUGUCAUCAGCACAGGAGCUGUACCUCAUCCAGACAUCCCAGGACUCUGUCUCCAUGGCAGUCACCUACAGCAGCCCCAUGUCUACCCCAAAACCUGGCUCCUUAGACUGGUUUCAGGAGGGCUCUAGUAGCGGGGAAUGGACAUCCAAAAGAGGCACUCAACCAUCAAGAGUAAACCUCCCUCCUGCCCCCAAACUCCACCCUUUGGCCUUGCUUCACACAACACAAAGUUCCAGUCUGGCUCAUGAUGACCCAUCCAUUGGUGAAUCAAAUACAGUCACCCCAAACACUGUGAGCACGGAAAGUCAUGUGGAUCAUCCCUUGGAGCUUGGAUAUACUGUGAAAAGAAGCAAAAUGCACAAAUUGGUUGGAGUCCUUCAAGUCCAGAAGCCAGCCACUGUCAGCACUAACCAGGCCAGCACAGCAGUCCCAAAUUCAGAUGAGGAGUCUACUGCUAUAGGGGCCCCCAACCCCCUGCCUCUAAUGUCCAGCUCUGGUUUAGACAGAGGAGACACACUCAGUGUAGACCCCCAGAAGCUUAGCAUGGAUGAACAUACCAAAACCGAUCAUCAGUAUGUUCAAGAUCUGAAGUGGUCCUCCUUGACCACCCUUCCCUCUAAAUUAAUGGAUGAAGGGCCUGUACUACGCCCAAAACUCAGGGAGCACACUUGGGGCUCUGCACACCAUGCCAUCACCCUGAGGGAAGUGCAUGCAGAGACUGAACCCCCUACUGACGAGCUGGUGGUGGAGCCCAAGAACGGGACGGUCACUCCAGUCCAGAGCCCACCUAAGAAUCUAGCUUCAACCACGUCCCCUCCCACACUGGAUCUCAGCAUCAAGAAUCUAACAUCCAUCCCAAACAACCACACUUCACCCAACAAGACCACCACUACAGAGGAGGGUCAGGUUGUUCUCGGUAACGGCACAGACAAUGCCCCUCUGGGACACUGGUUGGGGAAUGUAACUGCUUAUGGAGGGCUGCUCUCCAAUGACAGCUCAGUUAAGGAUGCGCCCUCUCAUGGGAACAGCUCAGAGCCCUCCACAGCCAAUGGGAACUUUUUAAACAGGCAGGUUCCUGCCACUACACAGGACCCCUGGAUACCUGCCAACAGCUCAGACCCCACUGUGGAUUCCCCGCCAUCCCGCCUAACCAUCUGCCUGAGCAGGAUGGAUAUUGUGUGGAUUGUGCUGGCUAUCAGUGUGCCUGUGUCCUCGUGUUCUGUGCUGUUGACCGUGUGCUGCAUGAGAAGGAAGAAGAAGUCGUCAAAUCAAGAGAACAACCUCAGCUACUGGAACAACGCCAUCACCAUGGAUUACUUCAGCAGGCAUGCUGUGGAGCUGCCCAGAGAGAUACACACUCUGGAGAGCGAGGAGCACGACACCUGUCUCCCACCUAAUGGAGACUACAGCGGCAGCAGCAUGGUCCUGGUUAACCCUUUCUGCCAGGAGACCCUCUUCAUCAACAGAGACAAAGCUUCUGCCAUCUAGAGACUGAAAAGAGAGAGGGGGACACUGUCGGACUCCCCCUCUUCUACUCCCCCUGCUGUUGUUGUCUAUUUUAUAUAUGUGGUAAAUAUUCAGAGACUUUGACUUUAUACUGUAUAUGACAAAAAAACAAAAACACAAAGAGCAACCAGAAAGAAGAGCGAUGUAAACAGACAAUAUUUACUAUGAGAAUGCACCCGCAUAUUUUUCUGAUGUACAUUUUCUACAAAAGGCUUAAUUGUGAUAAAGGUUUUUAUUGUCUUUAUAAAAUACAGAUUAUAUGUGGUUUUGUUUCAUUACAGUAGGCUUGACGGUGAGUGCACUGUGAGUGUCGCCACAUGAAAUCUGCUUUAGAGAGAGAAACAUGCUAUGAGAACAUUAAAGCUGUACUUUGUUAAGUUGUUUUUCCUUUCAAACUGAUCCCAAAAUACUUAUAGCCUGUUGAACUUGAAUAUAGCACCUAUGAACUUAGGGGGAAACAGAGAUUUGUUGCAGAAGUAUAUUCACAUUGUUCAAUCUAGGGCCUGUAUUUAUCAGACUAAAGGCUGGUUUAAAGCUCUACGUCGACCCUACGUAGCAGAAAUGAGUACCACAUACUUGUGCGUUGAUGUGUCUGUGUGGAGCAGCAAUACUCCGCUGAAACACUUGAGGGCAGUGGGGUCUCUUUGAGAGUUGGGUCGCCUGUUUCCGGCCCUGCCACCUUUUCUGUUUACUUUUUCACAGCGAUUCAGAACGUAUUAUGUUCAUUUAGAGCUGAUGCAUGUUGCUGUUUAUCAUACAGCAAUGAUUACAGGGAAGAACAGAGAGGAGAUGAAAUACACGGCCGAUGUUCUGUAAAUGCAGGAAAUACAGUGCCGUCAAUGGACCAAUCACAGGGCUUGCGGUCAGCGUCGAUUUGGCGCAUAGUUAUAUUUUGGAGGAAGUGCGCGUCAGCUCCCUGCGUAGGCCUCUGCGUAGAUAUGAGGGUUACGCAUCCCUACGUGCACAGGCUACACUGUCGAUUUAACGCAGGAGUAUAAACCAGGCUGAAGCAAUACACAUACCGCAGAUUUUCAAGAACAUUAUGCUAGCCCUACUAUUCAAUCUGUGUUCUAUCCAAGCAGUGACCUGUGGUCUUCAAAUAUGACGGCAGUUUGGAAUUGCUAAAAACUGCAGUUCCUCAACUGUCCACUUUAGGCUGGCUGCAGUAGCACCAGAAACCACAUACACACCCAUUCAAAAAAGACGAUCUUUACAUCAAAAAUAAAAAUGUUUACAGCCUGGUUCAAAAGACUGUGUUGGUCUGAGUAGCUAAUUUCUCUAUCGACACACACUGAAAAAGAGGUGAUGAUAUGUCAAUGAUCUGUUUGCAACUUUUAUCUGCUGCCCUCUAAAGAGUUAAUGGAUUAGUAAACCUUUUUAAAAGAUUCCAUGUAUAAGUAUUAAAUUAACAUAGAAGCCACAUCCAUAAUGUGGAUUGAUUAAAAGCGAACAAAAUUAAAUAGACGUAAAAUCUAAGCUGCAAUAUGCACUGCAAUCUAGAACAGGGAAGAAGCUCUCCUUCUUCUGUGGAAUUAAUAGAUUACUGAUAUUAUUUCCACUCUGACAAUUGCAGACAAAAAAAGAUACAUGGAGUGCAAACUUCACCAAUACCACUUUAUUUUCCUAUUUCUAAAUAUAUGAUAGAGCUCCUGUGUAUUUGUCAACACCUUCAAGUUGCAAGAAAUUACCCAAGUGGUUUUAAUCUGCUUGUGGAUGUGAAGGAAGCAGCUUGAUAAAUAUGGGCCCAGAUUUUAAUGGUUAAUUUGAGCAGAGUAUUUUGUGAUAUCAGGUCUACAUUCUGUAGAUAUGACUGACCUAAAAAGGCUUUCCCCCUUAUGUGUCACCAGCUUCUCUUCAGAGGGACCACAUAGAUGUCUUAGUCCUUAUGUUGGCCCUUUAUAUCAGUGUGUGUGUGUGUGUGUUUGUGUGUGUGGAUGCCCUGUUUGUGCAGUAAAGUGUGGUUGUGUGCGCCCCCUUAACCAAAUAUCACUGUUACUUUAAGUCAAACAAGAUUUUGUGUCACUUUCAGCUCAGUUUGAUCUGUUUCUCUGUUUGUGUGUGCGCCUCUGUGUGUGUGUGUGUGAUUGUUUGUCUCUUGUGUGUCCAGUGGAGAGGAAAAUAUUUUCUCAGUGCUGUAGGAAACAGUUAGACCAACCCUGCUACUGUUAAUGUCUCCCUCCAUUAAAACUGUGUUUGUCCAUCAAUGCAAAACUGUGUUUGUUAAAAUGUUGAAUGACUGAGUUCUUCGCCAGACGACAAAAAACAUGUUAGAGGCUGUCAAAAAAUCAUGACCAGAGAUACAUAGUGUAUGCUGAAUAUUUACUGUGAGCACAUACAGAGGCAGUUCAAUCAAAAAAGCGUGUUUGGAUACUUCAAUUACUGAACCUGUGGUCCUUCUUUCAUCUGUUUUACGUUGCAUCGGUGCAGUUUUAUUCAAUAAUCGAUGCUGCCUGCCUCUGUCGUCGCUGAAGAUUUUCUGCAUUGUGAGAUGUUGUUCUGAAGCUGCUGAUUGAAGCGGUGAUGUUGGAUAACACGGUUAAACAUAUUGAUAUUUCCUGCGUUGGAUGCUCUCAGUCGGGCUUCUUGUUGUGCACGCUCAAAAGUGGAUAUUUUACAAAACGUUCAGUGGCACGGUGGAGCAGUGUUCAACAUUAUGUAUUUUUUUGUACUGUAGUAUACACUGUACUUUUUACUGCUGAGCAAUAAAACAAAGAAAAAACAUGCUGA